UUGGAAGAGGAAGGUUACUUUUUGCCGCCAUUUCCUAUAUUUUCCCGCCAAAACGCUAACUCUCGCCACUCUUCGUCUUCCUCUUCCGUUUCACUUCACACGAUUCCAACAAACUAAUAAUCAAAACACCAAAAAUGGACAUGGACAUAGACAUCCCUAACCAAGACGAGCUCGAAUGGCUAGAAUCCAACUCUAAUUUCUACGAAGAAUACGACCAGUCACCGGAAGACCUAGAACCACAGCCCCAAUCACCACCUCGCCCUCAAUCACCAUUACAAUCACCACUACCACCACCACCUGCUUCUCCUCUCGAUAACCGGAAGCGUCUCCGAUCCGACGGUCCUGAUUCACCUAACCACGAAGAAGACAUUGAUAUUAUUAUAUCUGAAGAGAAAAGAAGCAAAAUCGACGAUGAUAAAGAUGAAGAGGAUUGGCUACGGUACUCGCCGCGGAGGGAUGUCGAGAGAUCGGAAGCUGCUGCGGAGGAGGAGACUAAGGAGGAAAAUAAAAUUAUAUCGAGAUACGUGUCCGAUAUUGACGGUGAUUUUAUACCUGUGACGGCGCCGAGUGGCGGCGAUAGGGUUUAUGCUAAGAUAUGUAGAGCUGAGAGUGAAGUGAACGCGAAGAAGUUGGACUUGAAAUCGCAAUUAAAUGGUCUUUUAUUAGAGCCUUUUAAUGUUCUUUUGCAAAAAGUGGAGCAAGAGGCUUUCACUAAGGCCUUGCAAGCCAGUUCUGAAGAUCAGAGCGAUGUGGUUCAGACAGAACCAGAAGUGAUACACGAACAACUUUGGGUGGAUAAAUAUGCUCCAAAUUCUUUUACCGAGCUCCUUAGCGAUGAACAGACAAAUCGUGAGGUUCUCCUAUGGUUGAAACAAUGGGAUUCAUGUGUUUUUGGAUCUGAAAUUAGGAGUACGACAGAUGAUGUUUUAUCCGCUUUGAGGCGUCAUUCUUCUGCCACUCAGCAUCAAAAGCUUUCUGAUUCGACUUUCCAAAGAAAGAUAAGAGGUGGAAACUUUAGGCAUUCUAACAUUCCAGAUCCCGAAAAUACUAAUGUGAAAGGAGUUCAGGACUUAUUGGGCAAAAAGUCCAGGCUUAGUGGUCCACCAGAACAGAAGAUCCUUUUACUUUGUGGUCCUCCAGGGCUUGGAAAGACCACUCUUGCUCAUGUAGCUGCUAAGCAUUGUGGAUAUCGAGUUGUAGAGAUUAAUGCUAGUGAUGAUAGGUCUUCAUCUACAAUUGAAGCUAAAAUACUUGAUGUAAUUCAGAUGAAUUCUGUGAUGGCUGACGCAAGGCCCAAGUGCUUGGUGAUUGAUGAAAUAGAUGGGGCUCUUGGCGAUGGAAAAGGUGCCGUGGAGGUUAUUCUGAAGAUGGUUUCUGCUGAAAGAAAAUCAACUGGCAAGGAAAAUGUUGCUAAAGGAGAUCAAUCAGGAAGUGCAUCUACUAAGAAGAGGCAUAAAGCGACCUCACUUUCAAGACCUGUCAUUUGCAUAUGUAAUGAUCUGUAUGCACCUGUCUUGCGACCAUUACGCCAGAUAGCAAAGGUUCAUAUAUUUGUCCAACCAACAGCUAAUCGUGUUGUAAACAGGCUCAAAUUUAUAUGUAACAUGGAGGGAAUGAAAGUGAGUUCCAUAGCCCUCACUGCACUGGCAGAGUACACAGAAUGUGAUAUACGUUCAUGCUUGAACACCCUCCAGUUUCUCAACAAGAAGAAGCAAACUCUUCAUGCGCUGGAGAUUAGUUCUCAAGUGGUUGGUCGAAAGGACAUGUCUAAAAAUGCUUUUGAUGUCUGGAAAGAGAUAUUCCAUAAGAGAAAAAUGAAACAGGAGAGAAAAUCUAGCAUUGGCAGCUUGUGUAAUGAAUUUAACGUCUUGCACGCCAUCGUUUCUAACCGUGGUGACUAUGAUGUGAUUUUUGACGGCAUUCAUGAGAACAUCUUGCAGCUCCAUUAUCAUGAUCCACUGUUGCAAAAAACAGUGGAGUGCGUCAACAGUCUUGGAGUUUCUGAUCUAACACACCAAUAUAUUAUGCGCUCUCAGCAGAUGUCUCUUUACGCUUAUCAGCCUUUUCUUGCAAUUACUGUGCAUCAACUUGUAGCCCAAGUUCAAAAGCCAAAUAUUGAGUGGCCAAAGUCUUAUCAAAGAUAUCGAAUAACAUUGAUGGAAAAGACGGACAUUUUGAGGUCUUGGCAAAACAAAAUUCCACCAUUUAUUUCAAGGCAUUUGUCAAUUAAAUCCCUUGUGGAAGAUUCAAUUUCACCUUUAUUACAUAUUCUGUCACCUUCAACUUUAAAGCCGGUGGCAUUGCACUUACUAUCAGAAAAAGAGAAGAAUUAUCUGGCUCAGUUAGUGAGCACAAUGGUAUCAUAUUCUGUAACAUAUAAGAACAUAAAGUCCAAUCCUCUUUCUCCUUCCCAGGAACAUGAAGCAGCUUUUGAUACCUCCACACUUUCAUUUGAUCCUCCCAUAUCUGACUUUAUUAACUUUAAGGAAUAUAUUGCUGGUCAUUAUAUACUUCCCAUGGCAGUAAAACAAUUUCUGGUUCAUGAGGAUGAAAAGGAAAAGAUUUUGGAAGUAAGCAGAUCUGUACAUUUAACAGAUGACCGCAGUAAUGAAAACCUCAACUUGGCAGAUGGAAAACAUAGCCAGUCUCACUUUGCUAAUGAUGUUGCUUCUUCAUCAGCUUCUAAAAUGGCAAACAAAGAUAACCUAUUAAAUCGACAGCAAUGUAAACCCGGUGUUGCAACAAAUUCAUCAAACUUGAAUUGUAGUAAAGGUUCCACAUCCAACAUGAAACUAAAAUCCUCAGGAAAUCCAAAGAAGCCUCUUUCUGGCGCUAUCAGCUUCUUUGACAGGUUUAGAAAAGCAAGCAGUAAAAGCUCUCAGAAUACAGACGUUGAUAUACAGAGGAUGACCACCUUAGAAAGAGAUUCACGUCCUGUGCUAUUUAAAUAUAAUGAGGGUUUUACAAAUGCUGUAAAAAGGCCUGUCCGAAUGCGCGAGUUUCUGCUAUGAUUAUUUCAGUGAUCGGAACAAUGUGGCUCGGCCAUUUGUACAUUGCGGCAUAAAGGUUCAUAUAUUUAUUAUCAAGAUUUACUAUUAGCAGUUCUUUCUAUCCUAAGUCGCUGAAGCAAAAACUUUGUAAAUUAAUUUGAUAUGAUUCAAAUGAGGAAAAAUCUAGCCUUGUAGUUCUCGGUAAAUGAAGGUGAUAUUAAUUAUUAAUUUUGUCCUCCAGUUUUAAAAUAAUAUAGGCAUAUGAUAUUAUUACACUCCUCCUGUCCAAUUAAGGAUGUACUUUUAGUUUACAUAUAUUUUCAAAAGAACAUUUUGUU